CUUCCAAGGUCGCUUUAAGACCAUGAUGCUUUAUUUGUACAUAUUUGCGAUAAGCAUUCUAUUUUUUAACUACGUUGGUGCCGAUGUAACGCCCACAGAAAGUUUUCCGCAUAAUGUUAUAUUGGACAGCACGAAUGAAAGGGUAACGUUAUAUUGGAAAAAUAAUGACACCCACAUGACAUUUGAGAUGCAUGGUCAAACAACUGGCUGGGUUGGAAUAGGGUUAUCCCCUAAUGGAGGAAUGAUUGAUGCAGACAUUUAUAUUGGUUGGGUUAAAGACGGAAACGCUUACAUAACGGAUCGACAUGGACAAGAUUCCAAUGCGUACCCACCAAAGGAUCCGGAACAAAAUGUGGAUUUGCUCCUUGGUUAUGAAUGCGAUGGUUGGACUGUUAUUAAAUUUGUUCGCCAGAUACCUGCGUGUGAAGCUGAUUACGAUCGGCCAAUAACAAGUGACACAAUAAAAAUGAUUUGGGCUUUGGAGCCAAAGAUCCAGCUGGUGAUGAUGUUGUUGUCUCUGACGAUUAUCAUCAGACCAGUAGAGGGGGACGAAGUGUCAUGUUGUUUGACAUUCCAAAUUUCAGCGAAUCGAUGUUUCCCGAAGGAGAAGAAGAAACGCAUCACAGCUUUGAUCUGAUUAACGAAGAAUUCCAUUUGCCUGCAGUAAAAUCCUACUACAAUUGUCGAGUUAUGGCGCUUCCACAAACUGGAGAAAAGUUACAUUUGGUCAAGUCAGAGCCAAUAAUACAACCUGGUCAUGAAUUGUUUUUGCAUCAUAUUCUACUUUACGAAUGUGCUGGCGACUACGCGGUACCGCCAACUGAACAUGUCAACUCGAAUGAUCAAUGUUAUACUGCCAAUAUGCCUCCAGGAUCAGAAAGCUGUCAGAAAGUCAUCCUUGCUUGGGCUAUUGGAGGCGGGGCUUUUUACUUUCCUAAGCACACUGGUUUGGUGUUUGGUGUGGAGGGAGCGCCACGUUAUGUUGUAAUGGAAACUCAUUAUGACAAUCCAAACGCAAUGGCAGGGGUUGUUGAUUCAUCUGGACUUCGCAUCACAUACACCUCGCGACUACGGCAGUUUGACACUGGCAUAUUAGAAUUGGGACAUACUGUUUCUGGGAUACAACAUAUUAUUCCUCCACAAGCACAAUCAUUCCUAAGCUAUGGUACUUGUACAGAAAACUGUAUGAGCUCGAGUAUGGAUGAUGCUGGUGUCACUGAGCUCAAUAUUUAUGGUGUAAUGCAACAUAGUCACUUGCUUGGCACUGGUAUGAAGACAAGAUACUUUAGGGGUGGAGUUGAAUUGCCUCCACUAAGCGAGGACAAAUCUUAUGAUUUUAAUUAUCAAGAAACACGAAUACUGCAGGAGGAAAGAGUGUUUAAAAAGGGUGAUGCAAUGCAAGUAGUAUGCAACUAUAAAAGCAUGGAUGAAACAGAACUGACCUAUGGUGGCCUGGAUACUACAAAAGAAAUGUGCAUGUCUUUUAUUUACUACUAUCCAGCAAUGCAGCUAUCCUUUUGCCAAACAGCUGCUGAAUACAAUACCCUGUUAAACUAUUUUGGAAUAUCAGAAGUCAGUUUCAUUGGAGAAAACCAGGGAAUUUACUCAGAUCUUACGAAUCUUGCAAUUGUUAAACCUGAGGAACUGUCAAACUUAACAGUUGCAGAUUAUAUAAAUUCUCUCGACUGGAAUCAGGAAUUGGCAGAAAAUUUUAGUGUUGCUGCAAAUAAAAUGCUUCUGAUACAAAAUUGCCUGGGUCCCAACGGUGUACCAUCUAAUUCCAAAUUUUAUUUGUAUCCUCAUAAAAUUGAUGAGCCAUACAUACAACCUGUGGAGAAUUGCUCAGAACCAUCAGUGGGAACCACAGUGGAUGAAGUUUUUGAUGGAUGUCAAGUUGAUCCUGCCACAACAUUACAACCAACUACAGUACAAACGAAACUUCCACCAGUAAUUGACCCAGAACCUACAGAGCCCUUUCCACACAACAUUGUACUUGAUACAGAUGGACUGUUAAAAUUGUAUUGGAACUACAACGACACCCAUAUUACCUUUGAGAUGCAUGGUCAAACAACUGGCUGGGUUGGAAUAGGGUUAUCCCCUAAUGGAGGAAUGAUCGACGCAGACAUUUAUAUUGGUUGGGUUAAAGAGGGCACAGCUUAUAUAACGGAUCGACAUGGACAGGAUUCCAAUACGUACCCACCAAAGGAUCCAGAACAAAAUGUGGAAUUCCUUGCUGGUUAUGAAUGCGAUGGUUGGACUGUUAUUAAAUUUGUUCGCCAGCUACCUGCGUGUGAAGCUGAUUACGAUCGGCCAAUAACAGGGGACACAAUAAAAAUGAUUUGGGCUUUUGGAGCCAAUGAUCCAGCUGGUGAUGAUGUUGUUGGUCCUGACGAUUAUCAUCAGACGAAUAGAGGAACCAAAAGCGUGAUUCUCAUUGAUAUUCCAACUGGAGAUGAUACCUUAUUUCCUGAAGGUGAAGCUCACCACACAUUGGAUCUAAUGGUUGAUAAUCUACACUUACCCACUGUCGCUACAUACUACAAUUGCCAUUUGUUUGAAAUACCAACUGAUAAGAAAUAUCACUUGGUCAUGGCAGAACCAAUAUUACAUCCCGGCAAUGAACAACAUCUUCACCACCUGACUGUUUAUUUCUGUUCUGGUCUGGGUGCUACAGAACAUUUGGGUGUAAACAAGGAAUGCUACUCUGCCAACAUGCCAGAUGAUUAUGCAACUUGUAGUCAAGUAGUAGUAGGCUGGGCAAUUGGAGGAGGUCCUGUGAUAUUUCCUAAGCACACCGGACUUGUGUUUGGCGAUGGAAGUUCUGCCAAAUAUGUUAUGCUGGAAAUACAUUAUGACAAUCCGACUGUUAAACCAGAUAUUAUUGAUUCCUCUGGGUUACGACUAACAUACACUCCGGACUUGAGGCACUAUGACUCUGGUACUCUGCUUGUUGCUCAAUUAACAUCUGGUAGAAGACACAUCUUACCACCACAUGCCAAUUCAUUUUUGACAACUGCUACUUGCACUUCACCCUGCUUAACUGCUGGGAUGAAUACAACUGGUACUAACAAGCUAAAUGUGUUUGGAAUCAUGUUGCAUGGUCAUUUAGCUGCCCAAGGUAUUGAACUGAAGCAUUUGAGAGACAAUGUGGAACUUCCACCACUUGCAAAGGACGCUUCAUAUGAUUUUAACUACCAGGAAACUCGAAUGUUUUCAACAGAAAAAAAUAUCAAUGCUGGAGACGACUUACAAGUGAUUUGUAACUAUCAAACCAGAGACAAAUCCAAAAUCACUCUGGGAGGGCUAACCACCACUCAGGAGAUGUGUGAAGCAUUCAUUUAUUACUAUCCGAAGAUUACAACAUCUUACUGUUUGACUUCUCCUCUCAUGACUAGUGUGUUGGAAUAUUUUGGAAUCGAGGAAACUGAUUAUGGCAAUUACUCCUCAUAUGAAACAGUUUAUGACGAAAGAAUUGUUCGCCCAGAAUCACUUGCAGGAGUUGUAUUGGGAGAUUACAUUGAUUCGUUGAAUUGGGAUGAAGCCAAAAUCAAGGAUUUUGAGCAAGCAACACAUGACAUGCAACACUACCAAUACUGUACAAAAACGGAUAAUGGUUUUUACCCCAUUGAAGAUGUUCCGAUUUUGCAACAAGAAGCCCAAAUUGACGUUCCUUAUGAGGAACCUGUUCAAAGAUGCAGCGAUCCCCGCACUGGGGUGACGUCUGGUGAUGCAUUGGACAUCUGUCUUGUAGAUACGACUACAGUGAUAAUGGAAACAACCACUCUAGAAAUGGCUGUGGAGACAACUACAGAUUCAGCAGCUUCACUAGAGAGUUCUAUCUUAUCCAUAGUUGCACUUCUAAUUAUGAUUUUUGCAUUUCAAUAAUUCGACUGCACAAGAAAAUCUGCAUUUCUUUGGAUCUUACUCGACUGAACUCUUUAACUUGAACUAAUUGUUGUUGUUGGCAGAUGCAAGAACAUUUUAUUGCCAAGUAAAAAAAAAAACUAUUGAAAACCUAAUU